AUGAAAUUCAGCAAUUACCAUGGCAGCAGCCUAGGCUGGCGAGAACCGUCGCCAGAGCACACGCGCGGGCGCCGCCGCGCAGCCCCCGGUCCACGUAGCCGCAGCGCGGCUCUGCGACCGGCAGCGCGGCGCGUUGAGCGAAUUUCACGGGACGGACGGCAACACCUCCCCCUUAUCGUCCGCAGCACCCCUUGUGUGCUCCCCGCGCGCCUCGCGUUCCCUGCGCCGCCGCCCCUCGACCGCCUCGCGCGCCUUUCGCUCGUCGUGCUGCUUGCGCUGCUGCUGUGCCCGCCGUGCCGGGGCUCCCCCACGCCGCCAGCAGCCCCCCCCGCGGCGGCGGCGCCGCUAGCCCCACCCGUGGCGGCGCCGCCAACAGUUUCCCCCGCGGCGCCCACCCCGCAAAAAACCGCCGCCACUCAAGGUGUGAUGAGAGGAGUUACCAGUCGGCGGUUAGGCGGCCGAGUAUGGCAGAUGGGCGGCAGCGGCCGUCAGUGGCAGAGCGGGAUAUGGGUGGGAAAUGGGAGGGGAAUGGGGGGGGAGGAGAGGAGAGUGGGGGGGAGUGGGAGGAGAAUUAGGGGAAUGGAGGGGAAUGGGGAGGAAUGGGGGGGAAUGGAGGGGAAUGGGUGGAAUGGGAGGAGAAUGGGGGGGAAUAGGAGGGGAAUGGGGGGGAAUGAGAGGUUAAUGCGCAGGAAUGGGGGAAAGGGGGGGGGUGAUGGGAGACAUCUCUCAUACCUGCCUUCUCCCGCCUUGUCCUGCAACCCCAUAGACACUGAUCUCUCCAUCCCUCCUACGCCCUCACCCGUACCCCCUCCCUCCUACGCCCUCACCCGUCCCCCCUCCCUCCUACGCCCUCACCCGUCCCCCCUCCCUCCUACGCCCUCGCCCGUCCCCCUUCCCUCCUACGCCCUCACCCGUCCCCCCUCCCUCCUACGCCCUCGCCUGUCCCCCCUCCCUCCUACGUCCUCGCCCGUCCCCCCUCCACCCGCCCCACCCAGUGGUGGCGCGUCUGGUGCAGCACAGGCAGCUGGCGAGGCAUGGGCACUGUCAGUCAUAAUUCCCUUCGAGUUUUGA